AUGAGUUCUGGUUCAGUCACCAAAGCACCACCCUCCUCCUCCUCAUCACCCAACUCUUCCGCUGAGUCGCUUGAUGGCUUGAAGUUUGGCCAGAAAAUCUACUUCGAGGAUGUGAGUGUUGCAGCUGCAGCAACAACUCAAGGGGCCAAAGCAAGUGCUGGGGUUUCUUCUUCUUCUUCAAAGAAGGGAAGGGUUGGUUCAGUGCAACCGCCUCAGCCUCCUAGGUGUCAGGUUGCGGGCUGCAAAGUAGAUCUGACUGGAGCUAAGGCUUACUAUUCUAGGCACAAAGUAUGUGCCAUGCACUCCAAGUCCCCAACUGUCGUUGUGGCUGGUCUGGAACAAAGGUUUUGCCAACAGUGUAGCAGAAAGGCUCAUGUUUGUGGAUUUGUUAUAUCUGUUGUUACUGAUUCUGCCGUAGAAAACAAUGGUGCUCUUGUGAGUCUCUGUUGCUUCUUCUCUUCUCUUUUAUUGUUUCAAGAAGUGCUCGCAACGAAAUUCGAGUUAUCAAGGGCAGGAAAAAGGUUCCAUCUGCUUGCUGAAUUUGAUCAAGGAAAGCGAAGCUGCCGUAGGCGACUUGCUGGCCAUAAUGAGCGCCGCCGAAAGCCCCCACCCAGCUCCAUAUUAGCCUCUCGCUAUAGCAGGCUUUCUUCCCCGAUUUUUGAUAGCAAUGGUAGAGCUGGUGGCAUUCUCAUGGAAUUUGCUUCAUAUCCAAAGCUUACGUGGAGAAACACCUUGCCAACUCCAAGAUCAGCCGAGCUGCUACCCGGAAACCAUGCUGCAACACUCACCUGGCAGGCCAGCUCAGACACACCAUCUGAAUUUUUCCUGCAGGGAUCAGGGAGUGGUGGAACAAGCUUCCUUGGUUCUAAACAUCCUUUAGUGGAAAGCUACAGUGGAGUCACUGACUCAAACUGUGCUCUCUCUCUUCUGUCAAAUCAAACAUGGGGUUCCAGAACCAUACGACCAAGUGUUGAACUGAACAACAACAUGUUGAAUUUCAAUGGGACAUCGAUGACACAAUUCGCGGCUUCCUCACAAGUUGCAGCCAUGCAUCAACUUUCAAAUGCCACUUCAUGGUACCUAAAGGGCUUUGACUCGCCGGAGGGUGUCCCUGAUCUCGGUCUAGGCCAAAUUUCGCCUUCUCUUCAUAGCCAUCUUCAUGGUGAGCUUGAUGUGUCACAGCCGGGUAGGAGGCAUUACAUGGAUCUUGGUGAGUCCAGGGCCUCAGCAAGUUAUGAGCAAGACAUGGAUCAUUUGAAUGUGGCAUGA